UGGCGCCUGUCCAGGGUGAUUUCCCAUAAACCACAUGCCCCACAAGUCCGCUUAAAAGGCUGUGCCGAGGAGCUGGCCAGUGGAGUCGGGCUCGGGGAAAGUGAAAGUUUGCCUGGGUUCUCUCGGCGCCGCCGCCCGACUCUCCGCACUCCCGGGACGGCAGCGCGGCCCUUGGCCGGGGCGCGGACUCGGCAGCAGCCAGCGAAGGAGCGAACGAGGGCGGCCGACGCGCCGGGCCGGGACCCAGCUGCCCGCAUGACCGCGCGGGGCGCCGCCGGGCGCUGCCCUCCCACGACAUGGCUGUGCCCCUGGCUGCUGCUGGUCUGUCUCCUGGUGAGCAGGAGUAUUACCGAGGAGGCGUCGAAGCAGUGUAGCCACAUGAUUGGGAAUGGACACCUGCAUAUCCUGCAGGAACUGAUUGACAGUCAGAUGCAGACCUCGUGCCAAAUUACCUUUGAGUUUGUAGACCAGGAGCAGUUGAAAGAUCCUGUGUGUUACCUUAAGAAGGCAUUUCCCCUGGUGCAAGACAUAAUGGAGGACACCAUGCGCUUCAAAGACAACACCCGCAAUGCCAAUGUCACCAUGCAGCUCCAGGAACUCUCUCUGAGGCUGAAGAGCUGCUUCACCAAGGACUAUGAAGAGCAGGACAAGGCCUGUAUCCGAACUUUCAAUGAGACGGCCCUCCAGUUGCUGGAGAAGAUCAAGAAUGUCUUUAAUGAAACACAGCAUCUCCUUAAAAACAACUGGAACAUUUUCAGCAAGAACUGCAGCAACAACUAUGCUAAAUGCUCCAGCCAAGAUGUGGUGACCAAGCCUGAUUGCAACUGCCUGUACCCCAAAGCCACCCCUAGCAGUGACCUGGCCUCUGUCUCCCCUCAGCAGCCCCUUGCCCCCUCCAUGGCCCCUAUGGCUAGCUUAACUUGGGCUGACUCUGAGGGGACAGAGGGCAGCUCCCUCUUGCCCAGUGAGCAGCCUGUUCACACAGUGGACCCGGGCAGUGCCAAGCAGCGACCACCCAGGAGCACCUGCCAGAGCUUUGAGUUGUCUGAGACCACAGGCAUCGAAGGCAGCCCCACCGGAGGUUCACCUCAGCCCCACUCCUCUGUCGGGGCCCCCAUCCCUGGGAUGGAGGACAUUCCCAACUCUGUGUUGGGCCCUAACUGGGCCCUAGAAGAGGCCUCCGGAGAGGCUAGUGAGGGUCCUGUACCCCAAGGGGCAGAGCUUUCCUCCUCCACGCCGGGAGGAGGCAGCGUCCAGGCAGAGACCACCAGACCCAGCGACUUCCGCUCAGCAUCUUCGGCACCCUCCGGAUCAGAAGAGGGCCAGCAACCAGCGGAUGUAACUGGCACCCCACUACCCAAGGUGGGCCCUGUGAGACCCACUGGCCAGGCCCAGAGUCACACAUCUGAGAAGACAGACCAUCCGUCUGCCCCGCCCAGAGACCGCCAGGAGCCAGGGUCUGCCAGGACCCCAUCACUGCGCAUGCAAGGCCUCAGCAGUCCUUCCACCCUCUCUGCUCAGCCAAGGCUUCCCAAUGUGCUGCCCCUUGGGGAGCUGGAAGGCAAGAGGAGCACCAGGGAUCGGAGGAGCCCUGCAGAGCUGGAAGGAGGACGAGCAAGUGAGGGGGUGGCCAGGCCUCCGGCCAGGUUUAACUCCAUUCCUUUGACUGACGCAGGCCAUGAGAGGCAGCACGUGGGACCCUCCGACCCCCAGCUGCCCGGGUUUGUCUUCCACCUGCUGGUGCCCAGCAUCAUCCUGGUCCUGCUGGCCGUCGGCGGCCUCCUGUUCUACAGGCGGAGACGGCGGAGCCAUCGAGAGCUUCAGACAGUGGAUUUUCCCAUGGAGCAACCAGAGGGCAGCCCCCUGACCCAGGAUGAGGACAGACAGGUGGAGCUGCCAGUGUAAAGGGAAUCUUAAGCUGGGCGCACAGGACAGUCUCUCCAUGGGAGGAGACAUAUGGGUUGUCCACCAGCACCCCUCCCCAGCCAUUCUCCUGGGAAUGUGGCCUGCCCACCAUGAGUACUCCUGCCUGCCAAGACUAGACCAGAGCAGCCAGGCUGGGGUCCCUCUGCCCUCGACCCUCAGGCUGUGGACUGACUAAGAGAGGGCUGGAGGAUGCCCCCCAUGCUGCUGAUAUUUAUCGUGGGCCCUGGAGGCUCCCAUCCGCUUGAGGGAGGCUGGCAAGCCUGGCUGAGGACCCUCUGCCCCUCAGAGGCUGUGUCCUCCUCCCACUCCCCUCCAAGCCACCACCUGGGCCAGGGACCCAGAGGCCUGUGGGAUGUGGCAGAGCAGGGUGGGCGCCGAGGAAUGGAAGAGCUUGUGCCCAGAGGACCUGCCUGGUGCCAAGGGAUCCCAACACCGACAAGCAGGGACUUGUCUCCAGAGAGAGCAGCAUGAUAUUCGCAGCGGGGGACAACAUCGGCUGGAUUUCCUGUAAAGGUGUGCAGCCCAAAAGAUGGGAAGAGAAGGCCUCUGGGCCUGCUGGUCGGCACUGACAGCCCAGAGGGCGUCUACAGCCUCCACUCACCUACGUGCCCUCUGCUGGUUGCCAGGCAGAGAAGGGAGGCCAAUCCUGCCCUCAGGACCUGCCUGGCUUGGCUCGUGAUGCCAAGGGGAAGUUCAGGCUCUGGCCUCUGCCCCACCUUCCCUCCAGCCCUGCCAGAGCUUCUCCCGGAGGCUGCACAGAGGCUCCCCUCAUGAAGGAAGCCAUUGCACUGUGAAUACUGAACCUGCCUGCUGAACAGCCUGCCCCGUCCUUGCCCAUGAGCGAACAUCCGUCCGUCCUCCCACCCCUCCGGCCUCUCCCCAUUCUCCUACACUGAGUGCCUGAGCUGGCCUCACCUGUCUGUCAACUGAGGGAGCCCCUAAGCCCUGACCUUCUGCUGACCUGGCUCUUACUCUCCCAGGCGUAGAUCAGGGUGGGAGAACAACCUGGGCCACCAGCCAGAGCUGGUCUUUAGGCUGCAUCGUUCGCCCAGAUUUCUGCAUCUUGCACUUUGACAUUCCCAAGAGGGAAGUGACUAGUGGGAGGGAGAGAGGGAGGGGAGGGCAGAAACAGACACAGAGAGAGGCUGUAGGGUGAGCUCUGACUGAAAUGGGUCUUCGAAAUUAUGGGUGAGCCCCUCAGGUCGGGGAAGGCGUCUGUACCCCUGACCUCCAGCCCAAUCUCCUUCCCGGUACCAGGCCCCUGCCCCAACCACAGCCACAAGGCUGCUGCCAGCCGGUGCCUGGGGCUGAGGGGGUUGUCCCUGUCAGCAGCCCGGUAGGCAGUGAUAGCCACCAGGUCUCACCCCACCCCCUACUACCACCAUCUCUCUGACCUGGCAAGCCAGGGUGGGAGAGGGACCAGGAGGGUCCAGGCGUCAGCUUCUAAGUCUGCCUUGAGGGCCUCAGCUUUCUGGGCCAGCCCAUGGCCAUGGCUCUGAGAGCUGGGCAGCAGGUGACAGGGCUGCCGAUUGUCCUUGAUCCCUUUGUGCUGCUGUGUCCCUCCUCUCCUGCUGCCUGGGGUGGCCCUACCUGGCCACUGGGCUGGAGCCCAUGAACUUUCCUUCCUGCCCUUGAAAGUGAGGGUCCAUUGGCCCUUGCCUCCCCUCCCCUGUGGCUGUCAGCUGAAGGAAGGGCAACGGAGAAAUUUUCCCGUGGGGCUCCUUCUUCUAGUCACAGACUCUAUAUUUGAUGCUAGGAAAUAUGUAUUUAAAAGUGGAAGGGAAAAAAAACACAGAAAAAAGGCAUUUCUCCCCGACCCCCUAGCCUUAAACAUAUAGUAUUUUAAAAAUCAAGAAAUCAAACUCAACCCAUUGUAGUAGCUCUUUGUGGGCACUUGGUGACACAGGAGUGGGAGGGGCCCCAGAGCCACCUCUGGGUGGCUCCCCCAGCUACCUGCCAGAAACCCUUUCUUUUUUCUGAGAAAGCCGAGAGGGAACAUUGGCUCACACACUGUGAGAUUUUGUUUUUAUACUUGGAAGUGGUGAAUUAUUUUAUAUAAAGUCAUUUAAAUAUCUAUUUAAAAAAUAGGAAGCUGCUUAUAUAUUUAAUAAUAAAAGAAGUGCACAAGCUGCCA